AUGUCACUGAGCGUCUCUCGUCUACCUUCACGCCUUCCUACUUUUAACACCAAUCAUACCACUAAUAAUGAUGCAUCUAAUGAGACUCUUGCUGGGCAACGAACUUUACCAAUUUCAAAGUUGCAACGUUCUAGUUCGAUGAGUACAAAAUUGAAACCUCCUUCUGCUGGAAUAAAAAACUUACCUCCUUCAUCCCCCACAUCUCCCACAUCUCCCACAAAGAAUCCUGUCGCAACAACCAAGAACCACAACAGUGCAGAACAACAAACAUCACCAAUUCAUAGUCCGGUACUUCACACUCGUUUAAGGCAACCGCUUAAGUUGAAUAAUGAUUCUACAACGCGAAAAAACGAUGAUAAUUUUUCACAAUUUGGUAGAAAUGUGCGUGUAGCACCUCUCGUUCCAAAUUCUAAAAAUGGAAAAAAAACAACUAUCGCGAUUUCGAAUAAAUCUUCAGGUCUUUCUGGCACAAGGAGUUCUCUUACAAAAAGAAAUUUAUUCAAUCGAAAGAAAAAUCUCACGUUGAAUUCACGUCCUCAUAACUCUUCUUCUCAAAUUGAAAUGGAAGAACUUCGUUCGGAAAAUUCUAAGUUACGUGAAGAACUUGAAAAGCUUCGCGAUGAAAAAACCAAGAUUUUGGCUGAAAAUGAACAACUUCAAUCUGAAAAAAGAGGGCUUAUACAAGAAAAAGGUGUGUUGACUGUCGAUGUUUGUCAAAUGGAAUAUCGUUUGGCUUGUGAAGAAUCACGAGUAAUCAAAUUAGAGGAAUGUUUCGUCGACUUGAAUAAACAAUGUAGCUUAUUAAAUAGAGAACAAAAUCAAUUAGAUCGUGAUAGGGCCCAUUUCCAAGGCGAAUUGGAAACUGCAAACACGUUUAUUGUUGACCAAUCGAACACCGUGACCGAUCAACAAUCUCUCAUCGAAGAACUUAUGACCCAAUUGGACGAACAAGAAAAAAUUUGUCAAGAUCUUCAGAAUGUUAUCGAUACCUUUAAAAAUCCAAACCUAUCUGAAAAUGAUGAAUCUUAA